AGGUUCAAGGGUAGCAUCACUAGAAUAAAUACUCCGCAGGAUCGUCAGUCUGGGUGUAAUAGAGGUGUUAGAGAUGGAUUCAGACUCGGUUCAGGAGUUUAAAGCUGAUUCUGGAGCGGAAACGUCGCUGAAUUUUACUCCUCAGAGAGCAGCUGUGUCUUUAACCUCCCGAAGAAGGACCCCUUAUUCCGGAUCAAAGAAAGUGAAUUCCAGUUUUAAAUCUCCAGUUCAGGUUUCCAACACGGUGAGCUCUGCUGUCUGCAGUGAGGAGGACAUCAGAGAACUACAGAUAAAAGUAGCAGAGCUGGACUCCCAAAUCUCUCUUUUAGAAAAUGAAGGCAUUGAUGUGGAAGAGCUGGAUCAGCACAUUGAUCUGCUGCAUGAAUACAACGACAUCAAGGACAUCGGACAGACCCUUUUAGGCAGAUUGGCUGGACUGCGUGGAGUGACCACACGCGACUUGUACAGCCAAUUCCACAUGGAUCUGGACGACUGAGAGAGGCUGGGUUGGGUGGGAGGAGGGAGGAUGGAGGAUGGUGUUGCCAGUGUCAUCUGUGGAGGUUAAAGCCAGGGUACAGGUGAAAUGCAGUAUAGUAGAAAAAGUUAAGAGAGUAUUUCAGUUUUAGAACCAGUUUCUCUGAUUUUGUUAUUUAUAUAACAUUUCUCCCAAAUUCCAAAUAAAUAUAUUUUCGUUUAGAGCA